UCCGCGCUGGGACGGAACCCGGGUUUCUCUCAAACACGGAAUGUGAGGCCUGGGCUUGGCUUUCUCUGGCUCCGUGCCCCGCUGUUUACCCGGGCCUGCGUGCGACGCUGCUACCCUACAGCUCGCCCGGGAGGAGCCAGGGCGGCUGUGCGCUUCUGCCCUGCGCCCGCGUGGCUGCCGCCGCCCGUCCGAAUCCUCCGGGGCCGCAGAGGAGUUCGCUACGGAGGGAGGCGGGGGCCUUCGGGAGGAGGAGGCGGAGGAGGCGGAGGAGGAGGGAAGGAAGAUGGCGGCCGUGGAACUAGAGUGGAUCCCGGAGACUCUCUAUAACACCGCCAUCUCCGCUGUCGUGGACAACUACAUCCGCUCCCGCCGAGACAUCCGCUCCUUGCCCGAGAACAUCCAGUUCGAUGUUUACUACAAGCUUUACCAACAGGGACGCUUAUGUCAACUGGGCAGUGAAUUUUGUGAAUUGGAAGUUUUUGCUAAAGUAUUGAGAGCUUUGGAUAAAAGACAUUUGCUUCACCAUUGUUUCCAGGCUUUGAUGGAUCAUGGUGUGAAAGUUGCUUCAGUCUUGGCCUACUCAUUCAGUAGACGGUGCUCUUACAUAGCAGAAUCAGAUGCUGCGGUAAAAGAGAAAGCCAUUCAGGUUGGCUUUGUUUUAGGUGGCUUUCUUUCAGAUGCAGGCUGGUACAGUGAUGCUGAGAAAGUUUUUCUGUCCUGUCUUCAGUUGUGUACUCUACAUGAUGAGAUGCUUCAUUGGUUUCGUGCAGUAGAAUGUUGUGUGAGGUUGCUUCAUGUGCGAAAUGGAAACUGCAAAUAUCACUUGGGUGAAGAAACAUUUAAGUUAGCUCAGACAUAUAUGGAUAAACUUUCAAAACAUGGCCAGCAAGCAAACAAAGCUGCACUGUAUGGAGAACUGUGUGCACUACUCUUUGCAAAAAGUCACUAUGAUGAGGCUUACAAAUGGUGCAUCGAGGCAAUGAAAGAAAUCACAGUGGGCUUACCAGUCAAAGUUGUGGUGGAUGUUUUAAGACAAGCUUCUAAGGCUUGUGUUGUAAAACGUGAAUUUAAGAAAGCAGAACAGUUAAUUAAACAUGCAGUGUAUUUGGCACGGGAUCAUUUUGGAUCCAAACACCCAAAAUAUUCUGAUACACUGCUAGAUUAUGGGUUCUACUUACUCAAUGUAGAUAAUAUCUGUCAGUCUGUUGCAAUUUAUCAGGCAGCCCUUGACAUUCGGCAGUCAGUGUUUGGCGGCAAAAAUAUUCAUGUAGCGACAGCUCAUGAAGACUUGGCUUAUUCUUCUUAUGUUCACCAGUAUAGCUCUGGGAAAUUUGACAAUGCACUAUUUCAUGCCGAAAGAGCUAUUGGUAUCAUUACCCACAUCCUACCUGAAGAUCAUCUUCUUUUGGCUUCUUCAAAGAGGGUGAAAGCCCUUAUUUUAGAGGAGAUUGCAAUCGACUGUCAUAAUAAAGAAACUGAACAGAGGCUGCUUCAAGAAGCUCAUGAUUUGCACCUGUCCUCACUCCAACUAGCUAAAAAAGCUUUUGGGGAAUUUAAUGUACAGACUGCAAAACACUAUGGAAACCUUGGAAGACUUUACCAGUCAAUGAGAAAAUUUAAGGAAGCUGAAGAAAUGCAUAUCAAAGCAAUUCAGAUAAAAGAGCAACUUCUUGGUCAAGAAGAUUAUGAAGUAGCCCUUUCAGUAGGACAUCUGGCUUCUCUAUACAAUUAUGACAUGAAUCAGUACGAAAAUGCUGAGAAACUUUAUUUGCGAUCCAUAGCAAUUGGGAAGAAACUGUUUGGUGAAGGCUACAGUGGACUAGAAUAUGAUUACCGAGGUCUCAUUAAACUUUACAACUCCAUUGGAAAUUAUGAGAAAGUGUUUGAAUAUCACAAUGUUCUGUCUAACUGGAACCGGUUGCGAGAUCGUCAGUAUUCGGUGACCGAUGCUCUUGAAGAUGUCAACACCAGCCCCCAAUCCACUGAAGAAGUGGUGCAGUCCUUCUUGAUUUCUCAGAAUGUUGAGGGACCGAGCUGCUGAGGGAGGACCUCAGUUAACUAAUUUACCUUUUCCCAGAUUCCAGGGAAUUCAUACUGUGAAAUCAAAACCAUGUUGUUUUUUGGGGCUGGAAUUUGCAUUGAAACACUGGUCCAGUCCAUUGACCCUAUUUGGGUGAUCCCUACCUUGCAGAGUGUCCGUAGGAAUAAGCAUAUAUUCAGUUAUAUUCAGCAUGUACCGCAUGUAUAAGUAGUCUGGCCCAUAUUUUCAACCUAGUAGAACAAACAACAGGAAAUCUUUUUUUCUUUUCCAUUUUAAAAAAUAAUUCCUUUUGCAGAAAGCCUGAAAAGAACCCCUAAAUAAAACUAUUUAAGAGUUUAAAAGAGUUGCAUUCUUAUUACGUAAGGAUGAUUUUAACAACUUUUUAACAUAUUCUUCCUUGUGGAGGUAUUCAAUACUGUAUUGUAAAGAAAUUUUAUGGGGAAAAUCUUUAUAUGCAGUAUAGAAAAGUUAACACAGUACUAGUAGAAGAGGGACAUCCUGACUUAGGUUUGGCUACCUUACCCAGAGAAGUGGAUACAACCACUCCAGAGCUCUAUUACAGGGAAGGAUUGUCAGAUUCAUCUGAACUGGACCAGUGUUGAUCUGUAAGUAAUAGAAAAGCUGACAGACCAGCAGUUUUAUUAACCCUUUGGUUGUUUCAGGGUUUUUUGGUAUAACAAUGCAAGAUGCUCUGAAAGCGUUUGCGAACAGGACCAGGAGGACUUAAAAAGGACCAGCCUAAUGUAGAAAGGGGUUAUUUGGACCAGAGGCUUUAGGUAAUUAUUUUAGCCCCUGCAUAUACUUUUAUCAGUAGAAUGUUUCAUUUAGAGGUAUAAUGAAAAGUGAUAAUGCAAAAAUUAUAUUCAUGUAAUUAGACACCAAACUAGGGAGAUUUGGCAGUUUCGAUGGUGUAUCUUUAGUCAGUGUGCACAGAUGGCAAUGCCAUAAGCAAGUCUAUAAAUAUCUGCUGCAACCAUCCCCCUUAUUUUAAAUGUUACCCUAAU